AUGGCAAGUUCCUAAAGCUAUUGAGAGAAGAUUCAGAGCAGGAUCUGUGUCUUCUGCUCAAGCACUGUCAGGAGUUCCUCUCUCAACAACGAGUCAGUGUCACUUCUGAGCUCUCCUGUUUUCAGGGUGGAUAUCCUGGUCACGAUUGGUUUGCCGCCUCAGUUUUUCUGCUCAUGCAUGGCGACGUUGGUCGUUCUCUGAGUCUGCUCUUGCGCUUCUCCCGUCUGCUGCCGUCUGCCUUCCUGUGGCCCCCAAGACUGCACAGCUCUGUACAUCUCCCUAUAGAGAUUGCUCAGUCGGGCAUUCAUCCCAUCUACUCUUGCACUGCUCAUUACGUCGAAAUGUUGCUCAAGGCCGAGGUUCCUCUGGUUUUUUCUGCCUUCAGGAUGUCUGGCUUCACUCCCUCUCAGAUCUGUAUUCAGUGGCUUGGCCAGUGCUUCUGGAACUACCUGGACUGGUCUGAGAUCUGUCAUUAUGUAGCCACAUGCGUCAUCAUGGGACCAGAUUACCAGGUGUACUUGUGCGUCUCUGCCCUCCGUCACCUGCAGCAGGAUAUUCUGCAGCACACACAGACACAGGACCUGCAGGUCUUUCUUAAGGAGGAGCCAAUCCACGGCUUCAGGGUGAGUAAUUACCUGGAGUACAUGGAGGGGCUGGAACGCAACUACAGAUCCAUGGUGCUCUCGGACAUGAGGAGCAUCUUACCAAGGAGCAGCUAGAAGCAAAUAGACCACCGAAGAUCAGCAGGGACUGAAAGUGCUUGUGGUACAGAAUAAUACUGAAAAUGUUGCAAUGAUUUUAUAACACAACAUGCUCUAUGUGAAGACAACACUGUUUUAUCAAACACAUUGUGAAUAUAUCCCACUUGCAUUUACUCCCUUUGAUAAAGUAUUCUCACUCAGGGAAUCAUAAAUAUAAGAACACAAACUCUUCAAAGCCAUAUUGCCACUCAGUGGGAUGCAUAAAGCAUAGUAAAUAAAUAAGUGCAGGAAAUCGGUCAAAAUUGAUGUGCGAAAAGGAUGAUAAAGCAAACCUUUCUACAUACCAUAAGCAUUAUCAAACUUCCCUCCACACCAAAAAAAAGUGUUACAUUUUGUUUUUGCUAAAUUAUUAUAUAUAUAUUAGGCUUAUAUGUGGGUGCAUAUAUAAUUUCAAAUUUAUCCUUGUUCUAGUCUACUUUUCCUUUUAGCCUUUUGUGCCUAAAGUACAAUUUUCCUGUCCUAGGCUAAUUACUGGACUCAAAGAAUUUAAUGGUUUAUUAAUCCUUUCCACGAACAAACUUCUGACAGCAUAUGUAAUUUUGUAUCUACAGUCCUGCUUGUAACUUCAAUGUUGAUGUUGGAAUAUGACACGAUUGUGUCAAUGCUAUUAAUCACUGUAAAAUCUUUAGGAUGUAUAUGUAUUUCUUUUACCCAAGAACUCAGUGGGCUCACAUUGUAAAGUCUGAAAAAUAGCAUUCAUAGAGGGCAGACACAUUUAGCUUUGUUCUGUGUGUUUUCACUUGCAAAAUCCAGUCAAUUUAAUAAGAAUCCACAUGAUUGGUGUUUUACAUGUGGGCAAAUGUUGGUCACAUGAGUCCGCAAUCACCAACAAAAAGCUGCUUGACUUCUGUAUGAGCUGUGCUUCAUACAUUGAUUCAAUAGAUAACGCACUUUUUUGUCCCAAAUUUCAAUAAUGCUGACCGCAUAUGUAGGUGCACAAGUUGUUUUCCAGUCUCAGUCUGUUUUAUGACAUCAGUAAAUAAGAAAAAAAUCUAAGCUUUUGAUGCUUGAUUGCUGUCUUAAUAGACAAUCAAACAUGAAGUGAAUGUGAUAUGUAUACAAUGAAUUGACGCAGUGUUGUUGUGUAGUGUGUGUUGGAUUUUUUAUUUUUUAAGUUAUAUAUUUACAUCUGCAGUCUCUUAUUCCCAUCCUAAGGAAGCUGUAUGAGGCGGUAUCACUUUGACAGGCCGUCAUUAGCACAUAGAUGCAAUCUCUUACGCUCGCCAUCUGUAACUCACACAGUGAAUAAGGAAUUAGAUCAUUAGAGAGGUGUCUUUCUCCUUCACAAGAACUGCUAAAUAUUGCAUACUGUUUACUCAGUAGGAGGCAGAAGCAGUUAUAAUUUUAAGUUGUAAAAAGUUCCCUCAGAGUGCAUAUUUUUUACUUACUUUCUCCAUUGCAUUACUUUUUUUUUUUAAGGAUCACCCGUAAACUAAUGUGUUUAUGCUCAGAUAAACAAAAAAAAAAUCUGUUGAUUUUCAUCUUUGUGUAAUCAUAACGAGCUGUAUGUUAAUCAGGUUAAUGAUUUAAUGACUGAUUGUUGGCCAACAAUCAUUUGGAAAGAUGUGUGUGUCUUGUGUUGGCUCGUUGUAAAUUGACAAUACAAGGCUUUUGUGA